GCCAGUCCGUCGUUCUCAGCUUACUCCUUGGAGACCUAGCGCCACCGCGGAAGCGGCUAUUGGCGGACGCCGGGGACCGCGACUGCUCACUUCCGGCGCGGCCCACGACGAUCCUCCCCGCCCGUCGCUCCCAGCCUGCCCCCGCCCUUCCACCAUGGCCGCCUCUGUGUGGUGUGGGGAGAAGCUGGUCCUCCGUGUCCUCCUAUAGCGCUACUGCCUCGUCCUCACCCGCUAGGGGCCGGAUUCAAAGGAGCCGCGUCCCCCAACAGCCGGGAAGGUUUCCCACCCCACUGCAGGGCCAGGACCCCGCUUCCACCUCUAGAGGCAGAAACUUAGGGCUUUCCCUUCCGUUUAGGGUCAGAAGCAGAAAGGGUUCCCCUUGCACUUGUGCAAGGGCGGCAGCCUAGCUGAGCUUACUACCGGCAUCUACCCUUAGGCUACCGUACUGAGCUAACCGCCUGGGCUCUGCACCGCCGCUCCAAAGAGAGCACCCAGAGGACCCGCGCCUUCGCCCCUCCGCAGGGCUGGAGGGAGGAGUGCAGAAAGCAGGGCCUGCGCCGCCCUCCCCACUUGUUCCUCUUGCCCCUCGCUCCUGGCAACCCAGAGUUACCCAUCUCUAGGACUUAACACCCGUCCACUCCCUUGACCUCUUCCAGUCUCCUGGCUGCAACCAUGGAGUUACAGAAGGGAAAGGGGGCAGCAGUAGCUGCUGCAUCAGGAGCAGCGGGAGGUGGAGGAGGAGCGGGAGCAGGAGCCCCAGGAGGGGGGAGGCUGCUACUUUCAACCAGUUUGGAUGCCAAGGAUGAGUUAGAGGAGAGGUUGGAAAGGUGUAUGAGCAUUGUGACAUCAAUGACAACUGGUGUUUCUGAGAGAGAGGCCAACGAUGCCCUUAAUGCCUACGUAUGCAAAGGACCUCCCCAACAUGAGGAAAUCUGCCUAGGCUUGUUUACUCUUGUCCUCACUGAACCUGCCCAGGCCCAAAAGUGUUACCGGGACUUGGCUCUGGUGAGUCGUGACGGCAUGAACAUUGUCCUGAAUAAAAUCAAUCAGCUACUUAUGGAGAAGUACUUGAAGUUGCAGGAUACCUGCCGUACUCAGUUGGUGUGGUUGGUACGGGAACUAGUGAAAAGUGGUGUUCUGGGAGCUGAUGGUGUUUGCAUGACAUUUAUGAAGCAGAUUGCAGGUGGAGAUGUUACAGCCAAAAAUAUCUGGUUGGCAGAAAGUGUUCUGGAUAUCCUGACGGAGCAGAGGGAGUGGGUACUGAAGAGCAGCAUCCUCAUUGCCAUGGCUGUUUACACAUACCUCCGACUCAUCGUGGACCACCAUGGGACCGCCCAGCUCCAGGCUCUUCGGCAGAAGGAAGUUGAUUUUUGCAUCUCACUGCUUCGGGAACGGUUCAUGGAAUGUUUGAUGAUUGGCCGGGACCUUGUAAGACUACUUCAGAAUGUUGCUAGGAUACCAGAAUUUGAACUGCUUUGGAAAGAUAUCAUCCAUAACCCUCAGGCCUUGAGUCCUCAGUUCACUGGUAUCCUACAGCUACUUCAGUCAAGAACGUCCCGGAAAUUUCUAGCGUGUCGUCUAACUCCAGACAUGGAAACUAAGCUCCUCUUCAUGACAUCCCGGGUACGGUUUGGCCAACAAAAGCGAUACCAAGAUUGGUUCCAGCGCCAGUACCUCUCAACCCCAGACAGUCAGUCUCUGCGCUGCGACCUCAUUCGAUAUAUCUGUGGGGUAGUCCAUCCCUCUAAUGAAGUGCUGAGUUCGGAUAUCUUGCCCCGAUGGGCCAUCAUUGGAUGGCUCCUGACAACAUGCACGUCAAAUGUUGCUGCCUCUAAUGCCAAGCUGGCUUUGUUUUACGACUGGCUGUUCUUUAGUCCAGACAAGGAUAGCAUUAUGAACAUAGAGCCAGCCAUCCUGGUCAUGCAUCACUCCAUGAAGCCCCACCCAGCCAUCACUGCCACACUCCUGGACUUCAUGUGCCGUAUCAUCCCUAACUUCUACCCACCACUGGAGGGCCAUGUGCGGCAGGGUGUCUUUUCUUCCCUCAACCACAUUGUGGAGAAACGGGUCUUGGCACAUUUGGCUCCCCUAUUUGACAACCCUAAAUUGGAUAAAGAGUUGCGGGCCAUGCUUCGAGAGAAAUUUCCUGAGUUCUGCAGCUCACCCUCCCCACCUGUGGAAGUCAAAAUUGAAGAGCCAGUUUCCAUUGAAAUGGACAACCAUCUGUCAGAUAAGGAUGAGAGUUGCUAUGACAAUGCAGAAGCGGCCUUCAGUGAUGAUGAGGAGGAUCUCAAUAGCAAAGGAAAGAAGAGAGAGUUUCGCUUUCAUCCAAUCAAGGAGACAGUUGUAGAGGAGCCGGUUGAUAUCACGCCUUACCUCGAUCAGUUAGAUGAGUCUCUAAGGGACAAAGUGCUCCAGCUACAGAAGGGAAGUGAUACGGAGGCCCAGUGUGAGGUCAUGCAGGAAAUUGUGGACCAGGUCCUGGAGGAAGACUUUGACUCGGAGCAGCUGUCUGUCCUUGCUUCCUGCCUGCAGGAGCUCUUCAAGGCCCACUUUCGAGGAGAGGUGUUGCCUGAAGAGGUCACUGAAGAGUCCCUGGAGGAGUCUGUAGGAAAACCUCUCUACCUAAUAUUUAGGAACCUGUGCCAGAUGCAAGAAGACAACAGCAGCUUUUCACUUCUUCUGGACCUUCUCUCUGAGCUUUAUCAGAAGCAGCCCAAGAUUGGUUACCACCUGCUCUACUACCUUAGGGCAAGAGAAAGCCUUCUGCAGCCCUUCUUCCCUGUAUUCACUGGGAGUGUUCACUGGGGAAGCAUGAGAAGGAAGAACAUCUCCGGGUCUUUAAGUUGCGAGGCCCUCGGGGAUAGCAGCAAAGCUGCUGCAGGGAAGAUGAACCUGUACGAGUCAUUUGCCCAGGCUACCCAGCUGGGUGAUCUACACACCUGCCUAAUGAUGGACAUGAAGGCCUGCCAAGAGGAUGAUGUGCGACUUCUGUGCCACCUGACACCUUCCAUCUACACAGAGUUUCCAGAUGAAACCUUGAGGAGCGGGGAGCUGCUGAACAUGAUCGUGGCUGUCAUCGACUCUGCACAGCUCCAGGAGCUGGUCUGCCACGUGAUGAUGGGGAACCUGGUCAUGUUUCGGAAAGACUCAGUCCUCAACAUACUCAUCCAGAGCCUGGACUGGGAAACCUUUGAGCAGUAUUGUGCCUGGCAGCUCUUCUUGGCCCACAACAUCCCCUUGGAGACCAUAAUCCCCAUCCUGCAGCACCUCAAAUACAAGGAGCACCCAGAGGCCUUGUCGUGCUUACUACUCCAGCUCCGAAGAGAGAAGCCUAGUGAGGAGAUGGUAAAGAUGGUGCUGAGCAGGCCCUGCCAUCCCGACGACCAGUUCACCACCAGCAUCCUGAGGCACUGGUGCAUGAAGCAUGACGAGCUGCUGGCAGAGCACAUCAAGUCUCUGCUCAUCAAGAACAACAGCCUCCCUCGCAAGAGGCAGAGCCUAAGAAGCUCUAGCAGCAAGCUGGCCCAGCUGACUCUGGAGCAGAUCCUGGAACACUUGGACAACCUGCGACUGAACUUAACCAACACCAAGCAGAACUUUUUUAGCCAGACACCAAUCCUCCAGGCGCUGCAGCAUGUCCAAGCGAGUUGUGACGAAGCCCACAAGAUGAAGUUCAGUGACCUCUUCUCCCUGGCGGAGGAAUAUGAGGACUCUUCCACUAAGCCACCCAAGAGCCGACGAAAGGCUGCACUGUCCAGCCCUCGAAGUCGAAAGAAUGCCACCCAGCCACCCAAUGCUGAAGAGGAGUCGGGCUCCAGCAGUGCUUCGGAGGAAGAAGACACAAAACCUAAGCCCACCAAACGGAAAAGAAAAGGUUCUUCGGCUGUGGGUUCUGACAGUGACUGAGGCCUGGUGUCCCCACCCUGCCCAUGCUGGGGAGAUAGGGGUUUAGCCUUCCUAGCCCCCCUCACUCGGGGUAGGAUGAGCUGCUUCCUGUGACCCAGCCUGAGAAGUUUCCAUGCAGCCCCCCUUCCAUGCCAGGGCCUCCGGCCUUCCUCCUUCCCCCUCCACUGCUGUGCCCACUGGUAAUUGGGUUCUCACAGCAUCCAGAGGCUGUGCAAAGCCAGAUCAUGAUGGAAAUCCUCAGCCCCCUUGUCCCUCCCCCAGUCUCCAAAGAGCCAUUUGGACAGAGAAGGGAAUGAUCAUGGAGCUGCUGGGCCGAGAAGCUGGGAUGACCGUAGAUGCUCCAGUGCUCAGUGAGUGAGCAUCCCUUCCCGUUUCCCCCUCAGUCUGAAUUUGUUCUGAACAGACAUUCGUAGUCUGUGGACAGCGAUCUACACACCAGUGUGAAACGGGCAUCUAAUCUGGUGUGGUCGGUACCCAUCUGGCCAGAUGCCACAGCCUUCAGAAAGGUACCUGAUGGCAGCCUGAGCCCCUCGUGCUGUAUCUGGGAUGUUUGGAUUGGGCUGAGGUUGGCGCUUCAAGCUUACCACAACCCAGGGGAGUCCCAGAGGCAAGUUCCUCAGAACUGUCAAAUGGCCCAAUUUCUGUGAUUCUGUUUUUGCUUUUUCUUUUGGCAGAGAUAAUCGCGUUUUAAAUUUGUUUUUAAGUGAUAAUGAAACAAACCAGAACAUCUUUUGUGCCUGAGUUGCCAUCAUGUUUAUCCUGUGUAUAUACAGGUCUUCAGUUUCAUUCGAUGCCUCUACUUGUGUCAUCCCUAUCCCCCCUCCCUGAAAUGUCUACAGCACAGGGACUUGGCUUUGCCCUCCCCAUCCUUUCUACCACUGGAGGUGUGAGCUAGGCACUGAGCCGUCCGUCUCCUUGCAGGCUGUCCUAGUUCAUUGCUUUUCACGAACUUCGUCUUCCAGGCUGGGGAGAUAACUCAGUAGAUAAAGCACUUGCCACACAAACAUGAGGACCGUUUGGAUCUUCAGUGCCCAUGAAAAUUCCCACCCCUGAUGUAGAGCUCAGAAGGCAGGGACAGGAUCCCUGUGGCAAGGUGGCUACCUAGACUAGUCAUAUUGGUGAGCUCUGGGUUCUGUUGAGAGACCCUAGCUCAAUGAGUAAGGUGAAGAACAAUCUAGGAAGACUCCUGACAUCAACCUUCCUUCGGUGCACACACACAUAUGAAUGUGCAUAUACAUGCACCAAAAAAAACCAUCUUCCAAAAGCUAGUAUUUGUCCUACUGCAGUUUAUCAAGUGCCUGCUUUCCAAGGGCUUGGGAGAGAAGGGAUGCUCUGCAUUAGGUUUUGAAGGACAGGAGAAAGAAAAAGUUCAAGUCUCUUCACUCUGGCCACUAGCUGUCCCCGUCUGUACAGGGAAAUUUGGUGUCUUGCAGAAAAGAGGCGAAGGCUGGGUUCAGGGCAGACAGGUACUCCUAAUUCAGACUUCCCAUUUGCCUCUUCACAGAAUCCAGGCUCCUUUAAGUUACUACUCUUUUUUUGUUUUUUGUCUUUUUGAGACAGGGUCUCCCUGUAGUCCCAGCUAUCCUGGAACUCACUAUGUAGACCAGGCUGGCCUCGAACUCACAGAGAUCCGCCUGCCUCUGCCUCCCAAGUGCUGGGAUUAAAGGCCUGCGCCACGACGCCCAGCUAAAUUACUACUCUUAAAAGGUUAAACCACGAGAGGCCCCUUUCUGCCUCUCUCCUUCCCCAGUUUCCACUGCACUGAUUAAAACCAGGACAAACCA